GGGCUUGGUAGAGGCCAGGGCUUAUGUGGCCCAGGAUAUGGGGAGCAGUGUUGGGGGGGGUACACUGGUGAGGGUGGGGACACCAUCAAGGGUAGUGUGGUGGUGUUCAGUCUUCAGCAGCUGGGAGCAAACGUGCGGGAAGCAAAUGCACAGCAGCCGGAGUGGCCUGGAGUGUCAGGUGUUGCGAGCAAGAUCGGCAGAUUGGUUAUUGGACAGAAUGGUAUCUUAUCUACACCUGCUGUUUCAUGUAUCAUCCGAAAGAUCAAAGCAGCUGGUGGAAUUAUUCUAACAGCUAGCCACAGUCCUGGGGGACCUGGAGGAGAGUUUGGAGUCAAGUUUGAGGUUGCCAAUGGAGGACCUGCUCCAGAUAUAGUUUCAGAUAAAAUCUAUCAGAUCAGCAAAACCUUGGAGGAAUAUGCCAUUUGUCCUGAUCUCAGAGUUGAUUUAUCACGCCUAGGAAGACAAGAAUUUGAUCUGGAGAACAAAUUCAAACCUUUCCGAGUGGAAAUUGUGGAUUCUGUGGAUAUCUACCUCAAUCUCCUUCGAAGUAUCUUUGACUUCAAUGCGAUCAGAAAUUUACUGACCGGACCCAACCAGAUUAAAAUAAGGAUUGAUGCCAUGAAUGGAGUUAUGGGACCUUAUGUGAGAAGGAUCCUGUGUGAUGAAUUGGGAGCUCCUGCAAAUUCUGCUAUAAACUGUAUUCCUCUGGAGGAUUUCGGUGGACAGCCUCCUGAUCCCAAUUUAAUGUAUGCAACUGCCCUGCUGGAGGCUAUGAGAGGUGGAGAGUAUGGAUUUGGAGCUGCUUUUGAUGCUGAUGGAGACCGCUACAUGAUCCUUGGCCAAAAUGGUUUCUUUGUUAACGCAUCGGAUUCAUUGGCUAUAAUUGCUGCCAACCUGUCUUGCAUUCCAUACUUUUGUCAGAUGGGUGUCCGAGGAUUUGGCAGGAGCAUGCCUACCAGCACAGCCCUGGACAAGUAA